AUGUCGGCACCUAACACCUUCAAUGCAGAAACCGCUGAGAACUUGGAAGAUAUGGAAAAGCAGUUCGCCGUUCUAGCCGUGGAACAAGCUGAGACAUACUGGAACCUGAUCAGCAAGGUCCCGGGCUCGAAGUUACGUCUCACUAAGUUCGAUGACGAAAUCUAUGAGAAAUUUCAAGAGCACUUCCCAGAAUACAAAGAUCUAUCCAGACUUGCCAAGUUCACUGAGGAAGAGCUGAAAACGAAAGAGGCUAAGGAAAGAUGGAGAAAAUUCAUUAAGCUUUUUGAAAAGAAAGUGGACGACUUUAACUUCGGUACUCUUCUAAGAACAGAUGCCUCUGCUGAGUACGGCCAAUUCACUACUUGUUUCGUAGUGAGACUGCAGUUCUAUGCCUUCGAAAUUGCCAGAAACAAGAGCAAACUCAACGACUGGGCCGCAGGUCAAUAA